CAUGAUUUGGUGAUAACCCGUUUUCCAGUCUUUCAGUCGAGAGACAGCCGGAGAAAUGAAAGCUGUUGUUCUCUUAAGCAUUCUGGGAUGUGCACUUGCACAAGAAAGAUUGUUUUCGUGGAGUGAUCCAGGACAACCUAUUCAGCCUGACCCAACAGAUAAUGCGUGUGUGACGGACGUGGCGUCCUGCGGCUGCUGUCUGAUGCAGAAGCAGAUGUGGAAGAUGGAGAGUUUCUUCAACAUGAGCUUAAAUGAGUUGCAGCGCGGUCUGGACCGAGCUCACGCUGUGCUCAACAACAUCCGAGCGAGUCGCAGUGCUUUCUCUGUGGCCCUGACUGACUCUCGCCUCUGCGUCGGGCCGAACCGUGAAGACUCUGUGCUGAAAUAUGGGAAGGUGUUCAUUAAUCUGGGCGAGGGCUACAACAGCAGCAGCGGCGUCUUCACCGCUCCGCGCUCUGGAGUCUACAGCCUGGCCCUGACGGUGUACAGUGACUCUGGGUCUGCGGGGUACAUGCUGGCGGCCUGCGCUCGACUGCGGCUGAACGGACGCACCAUCGCCUCCCCGACCGAAAGCAACACUCAGGACGAAGAGGACAGCACUAGCGCUCUGUUAGCGGUGCAGAUGCUUGCUGGGGACCGCCUCGACGUUUCUCUGCCGGCCGGAUGCUUUCUGUGUGACGAUAACAACCACUACAACACCUUCACCGGCUUCCUGCUCUACUCUACUGAUUAACAUGAGGAGAAGCCAUGCUGUCACACAGAUGAAGUACAGAUGAAUAUAGGAUCAGUUUAAGGCACUCGAGAAGUUAGAGGAAAGGUUUUGAAAAUGAAAUAAAUAAAUGCUUUACUUUGGUAGAGUUUUUGACUCGUUUUCAGUCCAAAUAUCUAAACAUUCUUAAAUCAGGAAGCAUUUGCUAGAGGUGUAAAACGUACGGUGUUGUUUUCAGAAAUAAUGACUCAAAAUUGAGGGAGUUUUCAUUCAAACAAGCUAAAUAAUCUGACAAUAGGCUCAGCAAAGUGAAAUAAAACUGCUUUGCUUUGCCAAUGGCAGAUUAUUUAGCUUGUUUUAAGAUUUAAGAAUAUUUGAUAUUUGGAUAUUGUGGCUCCACACAAUUCUUUCAAGUUGUCCCAACACAAAUUGAGUAUCAUUUUUACAAAUUCAAGUGGAUUGAACAUAAAACAAUGAGCUCAGUGGUUAACACUGUCGCCUCACAGUAAAGCCACUGGUUUGAGUCUCAGCUGGGUCAGUGUGUGUUUCUGUGUGGAGUUUGCAUGUUCUCCCCGUGUUGGUGUGGGUUUCCUCCGGGUGCUCCGGUUUCCCCCACAGUCCAAACACAUGCGCUAUAGGGGAAUUGAUCAACUACAUUGGCCAUAGAGUGUGUGUAUGGGUGUUUCCCAGUACUGGGUUGCAGCUGGAAGGGCAUCCGCUGCAUAAAACAAAUGCCGGAAUUGUUGGCGACCUCAGAUGAAUAAGAGACUAAGCCGAAGGAAAAUGAAUGAACAUAAAACAAUUCAGAAAAAUAAAGUAGUUUGAACAAGCAGCAAGAGUCAUUUUUUGAGUGAAGAAGACAAAAAUCGGCAGUAAGAAAAGCAGUUUUUGCAGUGCACCAACGCAUUUGAGCAAACUUGCCUUCACUGGGGUCACAAAAUCCAGGUGUGUGUGGAGAUUUUUUUUUUUUAACACUCAGUAUAUCACGAUACAGUUAAAUGAGUGAACAGUAGAGAAACUCUAAUGUCAAAUCAACAGUUAUUCACAAUACAGUGAAGACAUACAGCAUCCUUCUCAAAGGCCAGACAAGUAACGCAUGUCAAGAAUAAUAAAUAUUCUCAUAUUUAUGACAGUGUCAAUGAAGACUUUCGACUUUUUCAUGAA